ACACGUGCCUGCGCAUCAUUUUCUGACGUCCGCUAAUCUGGAAGCUCUCUCCCUGGGCUCGUGGCAUAGCCUGGUACUCGCGUGCCAGAAGACUACCGUCACAAUUUUUCACCUCGGGAUAAAAAAGGACAAAAUCAACAAUUAUACUCACUUUUAAACCCCGUGUAUAAGUUUUUGGGGACUCGAUAGCAUCAGUCAGAUUCUUUAUUUUACAUUAGGAUAACAGUAUUUUGAUUUGACAUUUUUCUCAAGAACGGAUAACGAGGACGAUACUUCGACCACGGUUGUGUUACACGGAAUGACUGAAACUCAUCUUUUCAAAAUCGCAACUGACGCAAGGAAGGAGUGCAUUUUUGGACGGUCUUGGUGGGGCACAUAGGAACUCUACUACUGUAUGAAAUGCCUACCAACUGACUUUUGCUUCCAGGAUUGUACCUUUGGUUCUAUAUUUGGGUCUAAAGUUCAGUGGUUCUGUCAUCUGGGAUUGUUGUUUUGUGGGAGAGUGUGGCGUCAUGACUUGGAGAUAGAUCUUGCUAUGAGUCUGGCGUGGAAAAUACCUCUUGGAAGGUGUGCAGCGGGCUACAGACGGGGAGGAAUCGACAUCGGCAACUGAUAGGCUACCCCUGUUUUUACCGAGCGUAAUGCACCUGGCAUGAAGACAGAGAAUGGAUAUUAUAUGGGAACUAUUUAUUAUUCUUCACGCCAAUUUCAUCAUCUGUAUAUCAGCUCAGCCAAAUGUACCUAAAAUACAUGAGGGAUGGUGGGCGUACAAGGAGGUUGUUCAGGGGAGUUUUGUACCAGUGCCGUCAUUCUGGGGGCUAGUGAACUCAGCUUGGAACCUGUGCUCCGUGGGGAAGAGGCAGUCUCCCGUCAACAUCGAGACCAGCCACAUGAUCUUUGACCCCUUCCUCACGCCCAUCCGGCUCAACACGGGAGGACGCAAGAAUAUCUGCCGCAGAGAAGGAGGAAACGCUGAUGGACCAUGUCAGGUGGGCGGGACCAUGUACAACACGGGUCGCCACGUCUCACUGCGAAUGGACAAGGAGCAUCUUGUGAAUAUCUCUGGUGGACCAAUGACAUACAGCCAUCGCCUGGAGGAGAUCCGGCUGCACUUCGGCAGCGAGGACGGACAGGGCUCUGAACACCUUCUCAACGGACAGGCCUUCUCAGGAGAGGUUCAACUUAUACACUACAACCACGAGCUGUAUACAAACUACACAGAGGCAGCCAAGAGCCCCAACGGACUGGUCAUAGUGUCUAUAUUUAUGAAGAUUGCGGAGACUUCAAAUGCGUUCCUGAAUCGAAUGUUGAACAGGGACACCAUCACAAGAAUAACAUAUAAAAAUGAUGCGUAUCUACUGACGGGCCUGAACAUCGAGGAGAUUUACCCAGAAACGUCUAGUUUCAUCACGUACGACGGGUCCAUGACCAUCCCGCCGUGCUUUGAGACGGCCACGUGGAUCCUGAUGAACAAGCCAGUGUACAUCACACGGAUGCAGAUGCACUCCUUACGGCUGUUGAGUCAGAACCAGCCGUCUCAGAUCUUCCUGAGUAUGAGCGACAACGUUCGCCCGGUCCAACCGCUGAACAACCGCUGUAUCCGGACUAACAUCAACUUCAGCAUGCAGGGCAAAGACUGUCCCAACAACAGGGCCCAGAAGCUCCAGUACCGAGCCAAUAUAUCUGGGCAACUGCUGCACAAAAUGUGAAUUUUACACCUGAAGCGUAAAUACAGUGAGGGCAAGAGUGAAUGAGUGGCUGCUAAAGUAGUCUCCCUUGGAUGAGCACAGAAACAAGAGUCAAAGACAGAGAGAGAGAGAGGAACGAGAGAAGGAAGAAAACAACUGGAGUCCGACCAAGGCUGCAUCCCAUCUAAGAUUAUUUCAUGGCAUUGUAAAAAAGAGAAAAAAAGAAACUGAACAUAACCAAGUAAAAUACUUUGCGUUGCUUUGCAAAGAGACUACAACUUUUCAUACGUACAUCGACAACUAUUUGUCCAACACAUGCUAACACACCCACCCAAUACAAA